ACAAUCCUCCCCCCCACAAUCGACACACACUGCCUCGUCGAGAAGAACACACGUUCUCCGUAAAAGAGAAGAGACGGCUACAAGACAAAAAGGAAAAACCCAAAGAGAGGGAGAAAAAUGCAAAACUUUGUUCUCGGUUGCUCACUGGCGGUGUUCUUCCGCUUGGCUGAUCCAGCAGAGUUCGUCGGCAAUCGUCGAGGAGUCCGGGUGUUCGAUAAUUGCAUCAGUAGAUCUACGCGGUACCCCCUACCAAUAGACCCAGCGAAUUUUCUGCAGCCCCUGUGCGCAGUCCUAAGCUGCUGCUGUCCAUAUCUGCUGCCCAAUACGUGCCCGAUAUCCUUAACGUCCAGCAGCUUUCAGUCGCAGCUUCCAGUUUCCUGGCGCUCGAGAAAAGCCGACGUCGCUGCUGAAACUAAACCGUGGAUGGCACCAUCCUCACCGCAAAGCCGCCCGGAGCUCCUGCAGUGUCGAGCCAUCCACAGAGCCCUGGCGAGCCUGCUGCAGCCACAACGUCCCUCCGAGACCGAGCUGCUGUCCCCGACACGAGCCGCUCCCGUGCAGCCUGCUAAAAGCCAUCCGCAGAGUUCCUAGCGAUGACGGCGAGCUGCCGUCCAAGCUCGAGCCAGGCCGUGCCAAACCGAGAUGUGAUGUAGCUGACCUCGACGUCAGUUGGAGCUCGUGAGUCUCUCCGUCCUGUCGUGAACACCAACACCAUUAACCAACUCACCGCCAAUCCACCACUGAUCGUGAUUCGCAAGUCGCCAAAUUUGGAAGCUGAUAUAUUUCA